CCCUGUGUGUUCUGUAAGAAGCUUCGCAUCUCAGAUCUUUAGCCUCGGCAUGUGCUUGUUUGUUCGAUUUAGCAUGUGAAAAGCCGUUGAUUCGCUCUGUAUUUCUCAAUUUUGCUUUUCAGAAAGCUCCAUUCCAUCAUUAGAAGCUUUGAUUCAAGAGAAAGAUUUGUUACCUUUGGGAUUUUAGCAGGAUUUUUAUAAUCUCUAGGGUUUCAAUUUGAAUUAGAAACAACUGUUAGCUGCUCUGUUGUUGUUGUUGUUGGUUUUACGAGUCCCACCUGUGGGAUUUGGGUUUUGACAAGAAAAAGAAGUUGGGUUUCUGGUCUGGAAUUCUAAGCAUCCUGUGUUUGGUUAUUGCUGUAAAUGGAGAAGGAUAAAUCUCCAAACGUUGGUGGGGGUUUGUUGCCUCCUUCUGGGAGGCAUUCGGUUUUUUCACCAUCUGGAAAUAAUUUGAGUCCCAAACCAGAGCCAUCAGUAUCAACCACAUUGCCCCCAGUUGGACCUGGAACUGGUGAAACUGGUCGAUUUGGUGGUCAUGAAAUGCCUUUGGAAUCUAGCCAUUUUAGUCAUGAUAUUAGCAGAAUGCCUGAUAACCCACCUAAGCAUUUGGGCCACCGACGGGCCCACUCUGAAAUUCUCACUCUACCUGAUGAUAUUAGCUUUGAUAGUGAUCUUGGUGUUGUGGGUGGCUUCAAUGGACCUUCAUUCUCUGACGAAACUGAAGAAGAUUUGUUUUCUAUGUAUCUGGACAUGGAUAAGUUAAAUUCUUCAUCUGGUUUUCAAGAGGGUGAUUCAUCCUCUUCUGCGGUCCAACCUUCAGAAGCUGCAACACCACAACCUGAGAACCUUGUUCCUAGCUCCAGUGAGAGGCCUAGAGUUAGACAUCAGCAUAGUCAGUCCAUGGAUGGGUCUUCUACAAUUAAGCCAGAAAUGCUCACUUCAGGUCCAGAAGAAACAUCUUCAGCUGAUGCUAAGAAAUCAAUGUCUGCUGCCAAGCUUGCUGAGCUUGCUCUUGUUGAUCCAAAGCGUGCAAAAAGGAUAUGGGCAAAUAGGCAGUCUGCUGCAAGGUCAAAGGAAAGAAAGAUGAGAUACAUUGCUGAGCUCGAAAGGAAAGUCCAAUCGCUGCAAACUGAAGCCACAUCAUUAUCUGCUCAGCUCACUCUUAUGCAGAGAGAUACAAGUGGUCUGACAGCUGAAAACAGCGAGCUGAAACUGCGCUUACAAACCAUCGAGCAACAGGUUAACUUGCAAGAUGCUUUAAAUGAAGCACUGAAAGAGGAGAUCCAACAUCUGAAAGUAGCAACCGGACAGAACCUUACGAAUGGUGGUGCAUUGAUGAAUUUCCCUCCAUCUUUUGGUGGAGGAAACCAGCAGCAGCAGUUUUACCCGAACAGCCAAGCCAUGAACACACUGCUUACUGCACAGCAGUUUCAGCAACUCCAGAUUCAGUCCCAGAAACAGCAACAUCAGUUUCAACAGCAACAACUUCGCCAAUUUCAGCAACACCAACUUCAGCAACAAGGCAGUAGUAGUGACCUGAAAAUAAGGAGUCUAAAAGAACAUGGUUCAGAAUUCAACCCCCCAAGGUUUGAAUAGAUACAUAUAUAGUAAUUGGGUAGCUGUUGUUUAGAUAUAUAACCUCUUUCAAACAUUUCUAUAGAUGGUAGUUGUGUUGGUUUUAGUUCAUGGUUGUUGGGUUUUGCAUGGAUGAAGAUCUAUCUAUCUCUAAAGUAUGGAGGAUUGGAUUGUUAGCUUU